AUGUGGAGUAUUUUGGAUUGUGUGAUUCUUUGUGUUAGCGUAGAAUUCAGGAAGAUUCCAUACUAUGAAAUUUUGGAUUGUGUGAUUCUUUGUGUUAGCGUAGAAUUCAGGAAGAUUCCAUACUAUGAAAUAAAUGCAAAUGCUGCUGUAGUGAGGCCUUCAGUACCUGUCGCGAACUGCCAAGAUCGUGAUGCGGCAGCUUGUUACGAAAUAUUUAAACCUGAUAAUCCUGGGGUGACAUUCGCCAAUAACCUUAUGCCUAAUCAGAAUUAUCAGGUCCUAGACAAAUGUCAACAGGAGCCCUAUAUAAUGUUAGCUCGACAAAUGUGCCCAUGGAUGUGCGCGACUUGUUGCAUGACUAAGGAAUAUAACUGUGAAAAUGCAACGACUUUACCAUCUUCAGCGGCGACAUGCAGAGAUGCAAGACAGCAUUGUGCAGCAAUUAGAGCU